UCUAAUCCGGGGGAUGUCGGCAAGCUCUGCAAUGCAAGCUCAAAACACUUGAUUCUUUGGACAUUCAGAGCUGCCAGCUGUCACCAGCAUUAUGCAAUGUGGGCAGCGUCUCCUUCAACCUCAGGGGCGAAGGUGAAGGUGGUGCAAAGCAGGAGGGCAGCACGAGAAGCCGCACCGAGCACAGCAAUGUCCUUCUUGGCGCUGUGAUGGGCAGUGCGCCUUGAGUCCCAGUGCAGAGUGUUUGCAUUUGUGCUGUUCAGAAGAAAUUGGGGUUUGUGCCGGCUGUCAGCGGUUCUCCACUGGAAACUCAAGGGCCUCAAACACCUCUUGACACUGAAGGAAAGCAGACAGGGCUCGCUGAGAGCCGCGGUGCAGCACACAGUGGCGCUCUUUGGACAUACCACUGCUGCUUGUUUGUUUGGCGGUUCACCCAAAGCUUCCUGUGCUGAGUGUGCAUAUCUUUCUGCUGAUGCCUUGGUGAGCUGCGGCCGCUGACGCCAGCCCAUACUCUCAUAGAUGGAGAUAGAUAGUGCUCCGGGUGGAGAUUCAAACGGCCAGCAGAAAGCUGCCACCUGUCACAAGCAGAAGACGUUGACCCUGAGGUGUAUCUACACCUAUCUGCAGAUCAGAAUGACUCUCGACGGUUCUCCAGGCGCCGUUGAGUCAUCGCAGAAGUUUCUUAGCUGCCUUUCGGCAGCACUGGUCCAAGCAUACGGUGCAGCAGGCAGCGCGCUUCAGAUUGAGGACCUGAGCUUCCUACCCGAUAGGGGGGUGCACAUUGUCAAGUGUUUUCGGAAGGAUUAUUCGCGGUUGUGGGCAGCAGCCACAACAUUGACCAACCUCGAGGGGCAGAAGUGCCGAUUAGAGGUGGUCGCUAUGUCCCCGUUCCUCGUCUCCCUGGGAAACAACAGCCGUAAUUUCGCGGCCAGGAUAGAGCAGCCACGUGGCUUGGUCGGGGGCAUUACAUGAUACGUCUUCCAGUAUAAGCACUGAGCUUGAGCAUGCGGAACGAAUGCGUCUAGAAUUAAUGACAUUCUCGGCCAUGCUGCCCCAAACCGCAUGCGGCGUAGAAGAGCGAGUAGAGCGUUGCCUAAAUGACUGUACCCAGACAGCAACGGCCUGUUAAUUCGAUCAUUUUAAUGUGACAUGUACCACGAGCUGCCGACUCGAUGAUGCCGUGACAGCGGCCGUGGCCACAAUGCC